UGUUACUCAUCUUUUGUCAUAUAAGUCAUUGUUUUUAUUUUUUAAAAUAAAAUAAGAUCUUUUCAAUGUCAACAACCAUUUUUUUAUUUUCAUAUUUAACUUGUAAACAUUUUAGUUACUUCCCCACACGGGCGCUCCAUUUCGAGCGAAUAAUCCGCUAUGCCCUACCUCUCUUAAAGCUUAGCGUAUUUCUUUAAUGAUAGGAACUUAUAGCAGAAUAAAAAGAAAACUGCUAUGUUGAUAUAGCUUCGAGCAAGAUGACCUGGGAUGUAACUUUAGACUUCGAAUAUGUUGUGACAAAGAAAGUACCGCCCCGAAUAUGUUUCGGGACUGGUUUGAACCGCGAAGUACUGCCGACUAAAGGGCCUGCGAUGAGCCCUUUCAUGAGACGGCUUGCGGGUGAAACGAGGGCCAACCUUGGGCCCGGCAGAUACGACGGUCAGCGAGACGCUUUCUACGAUUUGACGCAUAGGAAAUACAGCGUAAACGGCUUGGGUGCCAAGGAAGAUCGUUGGAAGAUGCGUCACGAGCAUCAGCCCCCACCACGAGAGCGACCAAAGCAAAAGCCCCCUUCUCAGAAUUGCGCUCCCUUCAAUUCCACUGCCAGUAGGAAGCCACUCUUUGUUGCCAGUGAAUUCCCUGCCCCAUGUGACUACUGUCCUGAGCACAAAAAGCGACAGAUGAAAUUCGCAUACAGUUUCUCCGGAAAGAAGGUGUUGCGGUGUGCUGUUGAGAUAAAAUGCGUGCCCUACAACCUGGACGCGUGUGGUUUUUGUGGUUGCUCAUGUUCUGCCCAGGGAGAUUACUGGCAAUUCGAAAACAGAAUCUUCCUCUGCAGGAAGCAUUACAAUAGGCUCUUCAAACAUUGCCUCUCUAAGUUCCAAGGCGCAAAAUUAGCGGAAUUUAAGUCGGUGAGGGACUGCUUCUUCGCUCAUGCGCAUAACAGCUGCAAGGCCGCACUCAAGAUAAUGAAGAGCGAAGAAAUAGCGAAGAAAUUACGCAAAGAAGCCUAUCUCGAUCUGUAUUUUCCACAACGACGUUUCUGUAACUUUUAAAUUAAUAAACUUUAUUUAAUAUUAGUAAAUAAUUAUUUAAUUUUAUUAUUUUUUUUAAGUACAUAAUGCUGCUG